AUGGUUAUAAAAAGUUAUUUUCUUCUUAUAAACAAUAGGAGAUACAUUUCUAUGUUAUGUAUUAACUAUUUGUACUUUAAGACUUGUAUUAUUGUUUUUAUUAAUUUUAAUAUCACUAUGAAUGCUGUUGCAUGGAUGGACAUUGCCUUAAAAAAAGCUGCGGCUUCACUAAAAGUUGGUGAAGUUCCGGUUGGAUGUUUAUUUAUAUAUAAUAAUGAAAUAAUUGCAGAAAGUAAUAAUACUGUUAAUGAAACUUGUAACGCAACUAGACAUGCUGAAAUGAAUUGCAUUGAUCAAGUUUUAGUAUUCUGUAAAGAAAGAUGUUUAGAUUAUAAAGAAGUUUUUUCUAACAUUGAUAUUAUUGUUACUGUAGAACCAUGUAUAAUGUGUACAUCUGCAUUAUAUCAAUUACGAGUACGCAGUAUUAUUUAUGGCUGUAGAAAUGACAGGUUUGGAGGAUGUGUGAGUGUUUUCAAAGUAUCCAAUGUUUAUGAUACCAAAGUAACAAUAAUGGGAGAUAUAAAAAGUAAAGAAGCAAUAAAUUUACUUAAAAAUUUUUACGAAGGUACAAAUCCAAAUGCACCAGAAUGUAAAGCUAAAAAAAAGUUAUAAAAUAAAAAAUUGAAAAUCAAUAAUAAAAAAUUAUGAUAUUGA